UGGUAUUCGUAUUAGUCCAAUAAUUAGUUCGUUUCAAUUGAGCGUAUCUCCUGGAUCGCUCGAUAAGUCGAAACGCAUAUUGUGCAUGAAAUAUGUUUACUGUUUCUAUCAAUUGGCCGAUGACGAAGCCGUUCGUCGAACGAAGUAAUCGUUUAUCAAGAUCACUAAUCUCCGUUAUCAUUACAGUGUUUGCCAGAGAUAAUAACGACUCUCGACAUUUUUAAACCUGCGAUUCACCGUCCGUCGUAAUACUGUUUUUUUGAACAUAGGAAGAUCGCGUUGUGUUCGCUUCCGCGUGUUCGGUAUCGGUUGAAUCGUGAGAAAAUGUGCGAGGGAACUGAGGAUCGAGUCGUUACUCCGUCUGUUCUGUCCCGAACGUGUGUAUUCGUUAAUUGAUACGCAGUAUCGGUUAGCAGGUGUCGAUUCAGGAGAUCUAGAAUAGGAAUCGCGAUGGACAACGAGGACUUCGGUUUUACAAAAAGGGCAGACAAUGUUCUGAGGAACGUUGACAACGACGUAAACGGUUCUAAAGACACGGGGAGAGGUGAUGAUUCUUCGCCGGGCAAAGAUAAUUCGGGGAGCAAGGAGAGGGUCGAUGGUAGUGAUAGAUCGACGGUGACGACAGCGCCGUUAUCCGGGGCGAGCGAUGCCGGAAACGCCGUCCCUGGACGGGCACCGACCGCCUCUUCGUCCUCUCCGGCUUCCUCAGUCGCUUCUAACCCGCCGAACAUACCGAACGUGGUCGAGUAUCACCUGAAAGUGAAGCCCGGGCAAACCCAGAGGGUCAUCAGAGUCGACGAUACCGACAAGAAACAAGAGGUCGAAGAGAUGAAGAAAGAGAAGAGUCCAACGCCUGCCAGUGAGAAAAAGAAGGACCUUGUGUCAAAAUUGUCUCGUCUGACCAUCGACAACAACGUCUUCGAAGGUUCCACUGAUCUCCCUCAAGUGUUUCAGGUGAAAUAUCUCGGCUCUCAUGAUGCCAGGGGCCUCUGGGGCAUCAAGCACACGAGGAGGCCGGUCGAUAACAUGGUGGCUGCGGCGAAGGCCUUACCGACCAACACGAUGCUGCCUCUCAUCAAGCUGGUCGUCUCCCAGGAAGGCGUGGUCCUGCUGCCCGUCGAGAAGAAAAAGCAGGACCCGAACUUCGCCAGGAUGUAUGCGAUCGAAACGAUCUCGUACGGCGUGCAAGAUCUCAUCUACACCCGGGUGUUCUCCAUGAUCGUCGUAAGGGAAACGGAGAACUUCCGGAGGGUUUCGCCCUUCGAAUGCCACGGCUUCGUGUGCGAGUCGAAGCAUCACGCGAGGCAGCUGACUUACGCCUUGGCCACGGCUUUUGAAAUUUAUUCGAGGACCGUGAAGGCUCAGGACAAGAUGGCCGAGAUGGCCGGGAAAGCCGCGAAAAACAGAUUCGCGAUAGAUCUCAGGAGCCCCGAGGAGAUCGAAGCCGAUUUAGCUACUGAUUCCGAGGCCUGACGCAUAAGCGGUGUAACGAGUCCCAAGCCACCGGGUCCCGGUUCCGGAAAAAUCUCGGGUUCGCCCGAGAUUUACCGUUUAAAUUUACCUGUUGUUCGUUAAACCUGAGGAUCUCAUGGGCGGAUUACGUAGUGUGCAAGGACGAUACAGGGUACAGUCGAAGAUUAAUAUAAUAGCUGUAGAUUUAAGACGAUACGAAUAGUAAACCCUAUUUUUUUUAUAACCGUUGUCUUCGGCACGAUGGAAGACCAGUGGAGUCAAUUCUAUCUUCUCUCCUGAAGUGAAUUUAAGUUUGUGUGAGCGAGAAAGUUGGUUAUCGUUAUUUUAUCGGAAUCGAGGGAAUAGGAUUCGCCUAUCCACGAUACAAUGGCUAGUUGUCCAAAGAUACCGAAUAGACGAGGAGCCGAAGACCGAAUUUCGGCGACUCAUGCAAUUUCAUAUCAACAGAAUUUUAAAAAGAGAUUGGAUUUAUUUCUAGCCGCUUUGCAUGUGUACGUGUGUGUUUUUUUUAUCUCCAUACUUCCCCCUGAACGUAGAGAAUUAGUCACUUAAUUUAUUGUCGACUUAUCGUUAAGUCACCGAACCAAUAUCGACACAUAUCAAUCAUGUAAAUAAACGAUCAAGCUUCCUCAGCACCGUAACGAUUACUUCGUUUAGUAGUUAGGUUUGUUAAAUUAGCUCGCUGCACCCUCAUAUUUCUGUUCUAGGCACGGGACAUUUGUGUAACUCCUGUCGAUACUUAAAAAUUAGCAGUAUUAAGAACAAUUGUAUCGGUAACGUGUAUAAUAAAUUCUAUCUUUCCUUUA